AUGAGUUCUAAUAGCGCCAGAGUUCAAUACCAUAACCCGAUCGCGCCCGGAUUCAACCCCGAUCCCUCCGUCGUGUUCGUGGAUGGGAUAUUCUACCUGGCCACGUCGUCCUUUCACCUUUUUCCUGGCCUGCCGAUCUACGCCUCGACCGAUCUACGAAAAUGGACACAUAUAGGAAACGCAAUCAACCGCCCCGAGCAAGUCUCACUCAACAAGGCAAAGAUGGUCAAAAUGCCACUCGACACAGGCGAGUUCAUGGUCGGUGCCGGGGGUCUCUUCGCGCCGACAAUCAGACACCACCGUGGCAAAUUCUACAUCAUUUGCACAAACGCCAUCGCGACGUCGGACUCAUUUGUGCUGCAGAACUUCGUCAUUUCGACGUCGGACAUCUGGGCCGGCGAGUGGAGUGACCCCGUGAACAUCGAAUUCAAUGGUAUCGACCCGAGUCUUUUCUUCGAUGAUGACGAUCGGGUCUAUUUCCAGGGCUGCUUUAUGAUGGAUCGGUGCAAACAGCCGAGCUGUACGAUCAAGCAGUUUGAGGUGGAUCUGAAGACGGGGGAGCACUUGUCGGAGGAGAAGGAGAUUUGGGGCGGGCAUGCGAGAUAUGAUACAGAGGGACCGCAUAUCUAUAAGCUCGGCUCGUGGUAUUAUCUGCUUGUUGCGGAGGGGGGCACCUUCGAACACCAUAUGUUGUGCAUUGGGCGAUCGAGAAGUAUCUGGGGUCCGUAUGAGGACCACGCACAGAAUCCCAUUCUGACUGCUGAUGGAAAGGAUGAGUAUAUCCAGAAUAUUGGACACGGGGAGCUGUUCCAGGAUGGUGCUGGGCAGUGGUGGGCUGUUGGAUUGGGCAUCCGGAAUGAGAAUAUCAAUUCCCCAGGUGAAAAGGAGGCUCUGGCACCACUGGGACGGGAGACGUUUCUGGCUGCUGUGGAAUGGCCUGAAGAUGGAUGGCCGCAGGUUGAGCAACCGAAGAUGAGCUUUUCGGCCAAGCCGGUGAGGUCUUCUACGGGCAGCAUCGUGGAUGGGGAGGAGUUCAAAGCAUCGCCCUCGGUUGGCAAUCUUUACAUCCGAACUCCAGAUCUCACAAAGUACUCGAUUCCGGCGGAUGGAAAGGGUGUGCACUCUUUGUUUCCCAGCACCAAGGGCCUUUCGGAAGAAGAAGACACCUGUGCGUUUGUGGGACGCAGACAGCUGUCCUUGACGUCUACCGCGGAGGCCUCGUUGGAUAUCUCAGCGUUGUUGCCAAAUGUUCGGGCUGGUCUGGCGAAUUAUAAGGACAACCUACGCCAUAUCUCCCUGAUAUAUGAUCCGAGUCCCGCACGCGUUUCAUGUCAGCUUGUGACGCUGACCCGUACGGAGAAACUGGCUAGUGAGCUAGAAAUCGAUGCUGGCGAAAAGGAAGUCCGGUUCAGGAUAGUAUCGAGCCCCACCAAAUGGACUUUCUCUGCCAAGGGCGCAUCGCAGGACGAGUGGACAGAAAUUGGAACAGUUUUUGCCAGGGACUUCGUUGCUCGAGAGAUGACGGGUCCUAUUUUUGGGCUUUUUGCUAUGACUGAUGAUUCUGCGGCUACGAAUACGCCUCACAGCCUCCACGUGUAG